ACACACACACACACACACACUGGCUGCAGACAACAGGCACCGAGCAGCGGGAACGCGCACCGAGCAGCGGGGCCGCGCACCGAGCAGCGGCUGCAGCUCCUCUCCGGUGAGACCGAGGCGGAGGGAGGAUGAAGAAAAGCACCCAGAGAGGACGGGGCCCGCACGACGCGGGGCCGCCGGCGCCGCUGCAGCCGGAGAAGACGGGCUGGAUCAGGAAGUUCUGCGGGCGCGGGAUCUUCAGAGAGCUGUGGAGGAGCCGGUACCUGGUUCUGAGAGGAGACACGCUGUACAUCAGUGAGAAAGAGGUGAAGGACGAAAGGAAGGCUCAGGAGGUUUUGGACUUGGCGGAUUACGAGCGUUCGGAGGAGCUGAGGAAGGCGAAGAGUCGCAGUAAGAAGAACCACAGCCGCUUCACUCUGCUGCGCUGCCGGAGGCCGGGGAACUCUGUUCCUAACCUCCUGUUCCUGGCUGUGAGUCCUGAGGAGAAGGAGUCCUGGGUCAACGCUCUGAACGUGGCCAUCAUCAAAGCCAAGAACCGCAUCUUAGACCAGGUGACCCUCGAGGAGGAAGGGUCUCUGGUUCAUCCCACCAGAGAUCGAGCAAAGAUCCCUCAGGGCCGCCGGCUGCCGACCAGAGGACACCUGCUGGCCGUGGCAUCCACCUCCUCCCACGGGAUGCUGACCCUGGAUCUGGUAGCAGAGGAGGACGGUUUCUCGUACGACGCUGACUCUCGGGGGUCCUGGGAGGCCGACCUGCCUCGGGGGGGCUCCUGUGGUCAGGUGGCAGCUGAGGGGUUCUCGGGGCUCGGCGUCCGGCAGCGAGCGGGAACAGACGUCUCGAAGCUGAGAGUCUCCAAGGAGCCCAAAGUGAAGACCAGCAGCCUGCCCAGAGGGAGCGAGCUCUCCUGGGGGAAACACCCCCACCCCGAGCCCUCAAAGACCCUCAAGAACCAGCAGGUCCUUCAGGCCCAGAGUCGGACGCCUCAGCCCGGGAAGAGGUUCAGCAUGCAGGGCCGAGGGCGCUGCGCCUCCAUGGAUGAAGUCCUGUCCUCCAGACCGGCGAUGAUUCGCUCUGAGUUUCGCUCGGCUCUCCGGCGCUGCCCGACAGAGGAGGGGUCGACGGAGGGGUCGACGUGGGGGUCGACGGGGGGGUCCGGGGGGUCGACGGUGGGCCAGCUGCAGAGCCUCAUCGCUCAGAGGAUGCAGCGAGCGCAGGAGCUGCUGGAGGAGAUGAGGCUGGAGGAGCUGCAGAAAGCCAAGGCGGAGCGAGAGCGGGGGGGCAGCUCCCCCUACCUGAAGGGCAUCGACUCCCCCCGCCUGCAUCACCUGCGAGGAUCAGACUCCCCCCACUCCAGUAAAUCGUCUGGUUCUCCUCGCAGCAGGAGUAGCGACUCCCCUCGUCUCCGGGGGAGAGAUUCUCCCCGUCUGAGGGGGAGGGAGUCUCCUCGGUCCAAAGCCAAGAAGAACCGAUCCAAAGGGACGGACUCGCCUCGCUACAGAGGAUCCAGCGACUCCCCCAAAACCAGCGACUCCCCCAAACCCAGCGACUCCCCCAAACCCAGCGACUCCCCCAAACCCAGCGACUCCCCCAAACCCGGCGACUCCCCGAAAUGCCUCAUUGUCUCCGAGGCAGCACAACUCAAACUGUCUUCGAGCUCCAACAAGGAGGACGACCCUCCUGAUUCUGAUUCCCCUCCCGACUCCCCCUGGGUUGAAGGGUCAGAUUCGCCCCAGGGGGGCACCUCCCCUCGGCGGGGGAGCCAGGAGGAGUCUCCCCUCCUCUCCUCCCCCUCCUCCCCCCCAGAGGAGGACGUGGAGGUGGGGAGGAGGCGCGACGAGGCGGAGCGUCUGCUGGAGGAAGCCGUGUCGUCGUGGCAGGAGGCGCAGCAGAUCCUGCAGGAGGUGAAGGAGCUGCAGAACCAGACGCUGAGGCGCCAGCGCAGGAAAACCUACGAGAAGAUGGAGAGGAAGAAGGAGGAAGGGGAGGAGACGCCGGCAUCACCCACCUCCCCCGAGGACGAAGGGUCUGAGACACCAUGAGACCCCACCUCAGAUACUCCUUCUCUGGAUCUCAGUGUAGCAGCGUCUCAAUAAAAACUCUAAAUUGUACUCCUCAGGGUUUUCCUCUGUGAUCCAGAUCCCCCGAUACUCCGAUCCCCCGAUACUCCGAUCCCCCGAUCCCCCGAUCCCCCGAUCCCCCGAUACUCCGAUCCCCCGAUACCCCAAGCUGACGCUACGAUCCGAUAAUACUUUAAUGGUCAGAUCAAGUCUGAAAUGUAACUUGCAUCACAGCAGCUCCAUGUGUAACAUCAACAUAGACAAACAUUCUCAAAGACCCUUGAUCAGCUGUGAGAGACACCGAUAAGCGCCAAUGUUGUUUCUACGGGUUGUACCGACCUCCGAUAAAAUAAAGCUCUCUGAUUGGCUGUUAAGCAAAGACAAACCAUCAUGAAAACAACAAAUCCCCGCCAUCAGGAUCACACCGUCUGUUUUCAUUUCACAUCUGAUCGUUACAAAAAACAGGACUUUGGAUAUCUCCACGACGACAUGAAGACGUGAAGUGAGUACAGAGUGUGUGUCCUCACAAUCCUGCGUCUAACAGCUGAUUGGACGAUGGCCUCUUCCUGUAAUUCAGGAGCAGAAUUCAGGUCCUCCGGGGGUCUCCUCUCUGCACUAACCCCCCCUGAUUUCCCUUCUUUGAGUCUCUCUUAAUUGACUAAAUGUUUAAUGAGGCGCUCCCCGUCUGUGAUCUCAGACACAAAGUCUUCCUCACAGAUAUUCAGGUUCAGGAAAUUAAAAAAGACAUUGUGUGCUUUUAAGACUUUUUUCAAAGCUACGAUGUCAACGUUUGUACGAAGGAGAUUUUUUUAAAUGACAAAAGCACUGAAGAGCACAAUCUUUCCUACAGCACUGAUUAUUAAUCUUUAUAAUAUAUAUGAUGUCUUCCUUUAGUUCCCAACGUGUCUGUGUUUCACAGCUGCAGAAAUCAGGGAGUUUCAUAUUUAAUAUUUCACAGCGUGAUGAGAGAAUAAGCAAUAAUGUCUAAACACUGUAAAAAAACCUGAAACUGUGAUUAUUGACACAGGAACGUUUACAAGACGAUAAUAUGACCGUUAUUUUUAUUAUUAAACCCGUUCUUCCACCAGCUGAGGAUCAGGCUUUAGUAAAACAAGGAUCAUCUUCAUCGAACCUCGACUCAAAAGCAACGACUGAGAAAUGAACCGAUGAUUACACGUGAUUUACAUUUGGGACAAAGUUUACAAAAGACGGAUUUAUAUCCCAUGCGUUUCAUGUCUCCUAACAAUCAUGAUGAAGUGUCCUAACAAUCAUGAUGAAGUGUCCUAACAAUCAUGAUGAAGUGUCCUAACAAUCAUGAUGAAGUGUCCUAACAAUCAGAUGAAGUGUCCUAACAAUCAGAUGAAGUGUUCUAACAAUCAGAUGAAGUCUCCUAACAAUCAGAUGAAGUCUCCUAACAAUCAGAUGAAGUGUCCUAACAAUCAGAUGAAGUGUCCUAACAAUCAGAUGAAGUGUUCUAACAAUCAGAUGAAGUCUCCUAACAAUCAGAUGAAGUCUCCUAACAAUCAGAUGAAGUGUCCUAACAAUCAGAUGAAGUGUCCUAACAAUCAGAUGAAGUCUCCUAACAAUCAGAUGAAGUGUCCGUGCUGCUCGCACACCAAGAAAGAGUUUUCUAUGAGAACAUGUUCACGCUGCCAACGGGACGACUCUGACGUGCUCCUGACCAAUCAGAAACAUGUGACUAACAAACAAGUAUUAGAAACGUAUAUGACGUUAUUUAUGCGUUGCCAACACACUUAACGUAGUACAGAUGAAAUAAGGAACGUCACGUGUCUCGAACACUUAAUGACAUUUUGCUAAAUCUGGAAAAAGGUAUUUAUGUUCCAGAAGAAAGAGAGGAAACCGUAGGACGUGUUUCUAAAUGACACGUUAACUGUAAAAAUGCACUUUCUGAAAGUAGGACGCCACGAAGAGCUGCCGGUCGUUUCCUUUAAACGUCAGAAAUCUGAUGUUUUCUUUUUAUAAAUCACUUCUUGUGUUUGUUGGUGAAAAUGUGAUUAAUUCUGCAUUUAUUUCAGUUUUUGGUCGAAACGUCUGAACUCCUCUCCAGUCUGAGUGAUGUUUGCACUGUGAGUCAUAACGUGGGGCACUGGAGAAUAUGUUCAAUGUUUUCUGAUUAUUUACCUUCAGAUUUAUAUGUUGAUGUUUUUGAAUGACUGUAUACAACAAUGCAUUGUGGGUAAAUGGAUUAAACCACCUCGUCUACACGCUGAAUAAAAUAAGCUAAUUAAAAA